GAACUCAGUCUCACAUCACCGAUGCGCGCACGUGUGAGUGUGAGCGUGCAAAGCGAGCAGUCGGUGCGAGUACACGUGUGUGUGUGUGUACACACGUGUAGUUGAGUACACGUGUGUGUGUGUACACACGUGUAGUUGAGUACACGCGUGCCCUGUGUAUGCGUAUGCACUCGCGUGUGUAUGUGUGUGUGCGUAAUAAUUGCGUGUUGCAUAACUUGAACACACUUUUAAAUCAGCGCUCUGACCGCAAUAAACCUCAACCACAUGCUACGAAGCAUUCUAAACGUCAGAUCUUGAAGUUACGAGAGAGAAGGGGAGAAGGGGAGAACGCGCGUCACACAAGGCGCACGGGUGGAGGAAGGAGGAGAGGGGAUCCAUGGACGGGUCCGGGAUGGUUCUGACGGGACCCGAACCGAUCUUGGCGCAACUGCAGCCCGUCAAGGUCCUGCCAGAUGACCUGGCCGGGCUGGCGGGACUGCCCGGCGGGUGUCCGGAUGACGCGCCAGUCUUCGAGGAACUGAAGAGCCCCACUGCCAAGAUGAUGCUUCACGCGAGCGUGGGCGGAGACCUCGCGCAGACGAGGACGGAGAUGGAGCGCUACCUCUCCCCGGAAGCAUUCCUCUUCAUCACCACUACCACCACCGCAACCACCGCAGCCACCGCCUCCACCACCGCCAUCACCGGCAUGGCCGCCGCCGCCGCUGACUGCGCCAACCCGGGCCACAAAUACCGGCGCGACAGCGCCUCGGUGGUGGACGAAUUCUUCGAGGAACAAACCUGCGACCCCACUGUGGGCCACCACCACCACCAGCAUCACCACCACCACCAGCACCACCACCACCAGCACCACCAGCAGCAGCAGCCGCAGUUCUCCUCCAACGUGAGCGUCGCUCAGGACCUGAGGCACCUGCGCAUGGGCCUGUACCGCAGCGGGCACCGCUUGCCGGCCACGUCGCCCGUGUCCUCGAAAGGCGGCGGCGGUGGCGGCGGGGUGGUGGUGGCGCCUCCAGGGGCCCCGCCACCCCAGCCGUUGUCCGCUCGCAGCAACAGCGGCGGUGACGGCGACGGCGCGGGCAGCAUCGUCAGCAAUGGUCACCGACUGCCACAGUUCAGCCAGGUGUUCAGCACUCCGCAAGCGGUGGUGGUGAGCAACACCCUGGGCACCUUCAUCAAGCAGGAGCCCGGCGAGGACGUCGCCAAAACCAUCACCACCACCAGCAGCAGCAGCAGCGGAAUCAACAGCAACGGCGGCAUCAGCAUCAAUAGCAGCAUCAGCAGCGGUGUCGGAGGGCAUCUGCACGUGAACCUGCUGCCCCUGAGCACGUCCGCGUGCGCGGCACGGGCCCCGCAGAGCCCCCUCGUGCUGACCCCAUGCUCCCCGCAACCGCUUCUCUCGUACCCCUCCCUGCACGGCGCCAUCGCCACCUCCACCGUGGACGCGUCGGCCCUGGGCGGAGGCUUCCUCACCAUCACCGACCUCUCCCCGGGCGGGAGCGGCGGAGUCGGGGGCACUCUGCGUGGCGGCGUCUCCGCGGGCGGGGUGGCGAUGACCUCUCACCUGACCCCCGGCUCGCGCUGGCAGCCGCUGCUCUACCCCUACCCGGGGUGCCAGGCCUCGCCCUACCUGCCCCCGUCGCCGCCCAGCUCGCAGCCGGGCAGCCCCGACGGGGUGGCCGCCCUGCCGCCGCAGCCCAAGCAGCCGCACCACCCGGCAGACCUGCGCAUCACCGUGCUGUCGUCGGCGCAACCCCCGCCGCCCUACUCGGUGGCGGUGGCCACCAAGGGGGUGCAGCAGCAGCAGCAGGGCGGCUCCGGCGAGGGUGGCGGCUCCUCCUGCUUGUCCUCGACGGCGGCGGCAGCGAUGGGCCAGGUCAUAACCAAGUACAACCGCAGGAACAACCCCGAGCUGGAAAAGAGACGCAUCCACCACUGUGACUUUCCAGAGUGCACAAAGGUAUAUACAAAAAGCUCACAUCUCAAGGCUCACCAGAGAACCCACACAGGCGAGAAGCCCUACCGCUGCACGUGGGAGGGCUGCGACUGGCGGUUCGCGCGCUCGGACGAGCUCACGCGGCACUACCGCAAGCACACGGGCGCCAAGCCCUUCCAGUGCCACGUGUGCAGCCGCUCCUUCUCCCGCUCGGACCACCUCGCCCUGCACAUGAAGAGACACCAGAACUAGGAGACCCUCUUCUGCUUCACCACCACCACUAUUCCUAUCGGCGUCAUCAUGGGUAUCAUCAGCAUUAGCAGCCGCAUCGUCGUCACAUCUCCCUUCACCGUGAUGGUGGUCGUGGUGGUGCCACUGAUGGUGAUGAUGACGAUGUCUCGGCUGUCAACUCUACAAACUUUUUCCACCGCGAACUCGCCCCCCCCCUACCCCCUGCCGUCCUGCAAAAUGAAAAUCGCAUCACCAACAACAGCAACAGCAGCAACAGCAGCGCAACAACGGCAGCUGAAUACAUUUGCCACUCAAUUGUCGCCGCUGCGCGCUUGUGCCGAAACAGGCGCGCCAUUGCCGCGAGGACGACGGCGACUACAGGGACACUGGCCGACGUGAGCCUCUGAUGGGCAGUGACUCCACCGCGGAGCUUGUGCCAGGCUAGGUGCACCUUGCGGGUUGGUUGCAUGGUCGUUGCUUUUGGCAGUAGGUCGGUGGGUAGGCAGAAGUAGCACGAGGUGGUGGUCACGGGUCAAUGGACGCCGUUCAUCGAUCGAUCACAAUAACGAUAACAAUGACCCCACACACGCAACUAUAAACAACCAUGCCAGCAGUCGCGCCGGUGAACAUGUAAACAAUACACACACGAACACCUAAGCAGCGCGGCGACGGGGAGAUUUUAUUUUGGAUCAACCCAAGAGGUCAUCGCCUCUCCAUCGUAUCCUUCUGCCAGAUUUCACAGUUGUAUAUAUUUUUUCAACCUUUGAGGUGGUCAUAAUUAUCACUGCCGGAUGGUCGCUCCUACAGGGCACCCGGGGGUGGUAGUGGUGGAGCGGAGAGGGGAGGCCGAGGACCCUGCCGGCUCUGCUCGGAAUGCGCCGUGGCCUGGAAAGGGCCCAAAUUGGGGGGAGUGAGUAUGGGUGCUUGGACGUUUUUGUUGCCAAACAAAUAGAGAAAAGACAUCACACAGAGUUUGUACGACCCUUCGUCUCACACAGUGAGACGGACGCUUUCCAACGGGCGUAAGACAAAUAUAAAUAUAGAUUCUGACCAUUUCAACCAUAACCCUGCACGCCAUCCCCAGGUGCUUGUCUCGCCGUGGGAUUUUGCUCGUUGCGUGGACGCCACGUGGUGGUCACGAACGGGAGUCGCGGCGUGGUGGUGGCGGUGGCGGUGGUCACGGGAAGGACACUCAGGGGGAGAGAAGAGAGAACUUGCUCCGGCAAUACAGAUACAAAAAUUGGAACGUUACAGAGAAGAUUAGCAUGGCCCCUGCGCAAGGAUGACACGCAAAUUCGUGAAAGAACUGUGCCACGUCUCGAGUCGCCCAGAGAAUCCGAGUGUCGGGUUCGGUGAAGGCGCAGCGGUCCCGCUCCCGUGGGACGACUCGCCACCCCUCGCGGACGCACGCACCAACAGAACAAAGACACAGAUCCCCCGGACAGCCUUUAGCAGACUGUCGGGGCAAGAGCUGUCAUCGAACACUCGUGAAGAUGCUGCACGGCGCACGAGGGGGUGUGGUGUGGUCCUGACCCACGUCCGGCCGCCUUUAUCUCCCCAGUGCUGGACCGCUUCAGCUAUUCGCCACUAGCCACACACAAUCACGCGCACACGUUUUCUCUCGUAUGCAAAGUCUCUUUCGCUCUCACGCGUAAACACUCGCACACACACAACAUCAACAAUCACAGAGAUCCCGCGUAUAACCUGUAUCAGACUGUAGGAGCAAGUGCUGUUAGCGAGCACCCAUGAAGGCCGAAACGGCACACGAGGGGGUGGGUGGCCAGCACCACGCCCGGCCGCCUUUGUCUUCCUAGUGGCGAUGUUUGCACACAAACAUACGUACACAUUAUCUCAGACAUUAUCGCAGUAAACACAUACUGACACACACUCUCACCCCAUUUAGUCACUGAUAUUUGACUCGUGAGCGUGAAUCGAACUCGGGUCGCCGGGUUCAUACCGCGAGUGCGUUAACCACUGCGCCCACCGCUCCACACACUCUCUCGCUCUCAUCCGUAACACGCGUAGUGGAUGUCGCGUGAGAUUACGACUGCUUUGUUGAAGUCACUGUAGAACAGAACAGAAGAAGGUGAAACCGACUCUGUGUAAAAAAUAUAAAAAAAUCCCAAAACAAAAUCAGUGCCCAAAACGCCACUGUUGGGGUAUCAAUGACACUUAGUGCCACUCGCGCGCGCGUCGGUGUAUAUAUAUGUGCGUGUGUUUUUACUUCUAGAUCAUUUUUAAAUAUGUAUAUAAUUCUUACUGGUUGUUAUUAUUGUUGUUUUGUUAUAUAUUACCCCGCCCGCUCACUCAAAACAACAAGAUCUGAGUUCACUUGAAGGCGCAUUCAAAUGCAGUUCCGUCCCAACGUCAUCAUGCACCACCACCAACCACCACCCAUCACCACCACCACCAACCACCACUACGAACCACCACCAACCACCACCGCCAACCAUCACCAACCACCACUAUCAACCACCACCAUCAACCACCACCAACCACCACCAACCACCACAAUAAAACACCACCAACCACCAUCACCAACCACCACCAACCACCACUAUCAACCACCACCAUCAACCACCACCAACCACUACCAACGCCGUCACCGCCGCAGCCGAAGCGUCACUGUCGCCAGAUAUUUUUUUUUUGGGGGGGGGGGAUACAAAAGUCCAGAUGUUGACUUUGUUGUUGUUGUUGUCGUUCUUGUGUCCCAUGUCCACCAAUGGGAAAGUGUAAAUACAUCGGCCAUUUUUCAUCAAAAUAUCAUCCACUCCGUCUCCGGAGAUUCCCCGCUCUUCAUUCAUUCAGCCGAAUUCACUCCUCGCAAAGAGGGGGAGGCUAGGGAUCGGUAAAUCUUGGGUAGAAAUCAGCCAACCCCCCCCCCCACCCCCCUCCAAACCUAUAGCGCGUCCCACGUAAACCCUCUCCUCGAUCCAACCUGGCAGCACAACAAGACAGACAGACGAGACGGCAGCCACAAUCUCUAGCAGAGAGAAACAAGCCAAGAGGGCCGCGAGCCAGCAGCUCGACACGCCGGAGACGCGUUAUGCAACUCAGCGCAACCGCUGGGGGUUUUACGAAUGGCGGUGGGGGUUCGUGUGUGCGUGUGACUCUGUGUGUGUGUGACUGUGUAUGUGACUGUGUGUGUGUCUGUGUGUGUGUCUGUGUGUGUAUACGCGCGUGGUAGUGCAAAAGUUAGCGCGCUGUGCUAUGAACCCCCGCUGGGCCUCUCCUAGGUCGACUCAGCCUCGAAUGAUUAUCUGGUACGGUGUGUAAACAUCACUACUGGGGAGAAAAAGGCGGUCGGGCGUGGUGUGCCGUGCAGGCCUUCAUAGGUGCUCGCUAACAGCACUUGCCCCAAAAUCCUGUUAAGGCUACACGGGGGAUCGUUGUCUUUGUUCGUGUGCGCGUAUAAUGUGGGAGCGGUGGCCCAGCGGUUAGCGCGUUGCGCUACCAAACCCAGCGACCCGAGUUUGAUUUUCGCUCACGGCCACCAACACCAGUGACGAUUAUCCGAACCGGUCCUGGUCCUCCCCUAGGUUGACUUGGCCUCAAAUGAGUACCUGUGUGCGUGUGUAAACAUCGCCACUAGGGAGGCAAAGGCGGCCGGGCGUGGUGCUGGCCACCCACGCCUUCGUGUGCCAUGCGGGCCUUCAUAGGUGCUCGCUAACAGCACUUGCCCCAACUCUAUGUUAAAGUUAUACGGGGGAUCUUUGUCUUUGUGUAUAUAUGCGUGCGUGUGAAUGUUCUGACGGUUUGCGUAAGAUGCUACUUCGUGUAUAUACGGUUAUUUGUAUAAGACACUAACGUUGUCACACAUUUUAUUUGAUCUUAUCAUGGGUGUUUACGGAUUUAUAGAGUAUUUUUUUAAAUAUACUUUUUGUUGUUGUUGCAUGGUUAAUUAAAUCAGUUUAAAAGGUU